AUGGAGUAUCGCGGAGAUUGGGAACCUGAGGUCGACUAUUCUGGUCAUCAAUGGUUUACGAAUCUACCUCCUAAAGCCAAAACACCCCCUCCUGCCCCUUCCCCAAAACCAACUUACAUCCCCGAACCCGCAAUCGUAGACCGUAACACACUCUUUGUUUAUGCCUUAAAAUCGGCUCCAGAUGUAUUAAUGGAGCAAUAUAAACACUUUGGGCAGCUUGGCGUUCUAGGAUGGUGCUCAGAGUUCAGCGAGCUGAUUGAUGAGCUCAAAGAGUUCGGCCACAUGUUCACCGACACUCGCGAUCAGGCACUGGAAACAUGCACUAACCUCUUGGACGCCCUCGUUAAUCAUAUGGAAGUUCAGAGGCUACGGAAAUUCCUAGAUGCGAACACGGAGUUUGAUGACUAUCCGCAGCCAGAUUUUCCUAUCCAGUUCUAUCAGCGGAAACGAAAGUUGACUGAAGAUGAGGAUACCCCGUAUAGACGAAAGAAACACUCGCUUUCUUCCAUUUCUGCUGUGCUCUCCACCGUUAAUAGCGAGGGUAUUAUAGACAUCAUUCAAGUAGACCGUCCACUGACCAUAGGUAUGCUUUCUUGGUUAAGCUGGACUGUUCAUUCUCAUCUCAUUUUGACUAAUAGGUCGCCAUCCAAAGUCGGACUACGUGCUCAAAGAAAAGACAGUUUCAAGUCGGCAUUGCACAAUUCACGCGUAAGCAUGUAUCGGGACUUUUCUAGCAAUGGAAUCAUCGUGAAUAGUCACCCGUUUACGAAACGUAGAUCAAUCCUCCUAAUGGAUGGGGACUAUCUUCAAAUCUCGGGUUCGCAAGUCUUCCACUGUGAGCAAGUCCGUCGAGAAGGGUCGCAGUCAAACCUGCAUGUGGAUCGUGGCCUCGCAGAAAUACAAGUUUGCAUCUAUACUUGCUUGUUAGCCUCUACGUCUCUCAACUCAACCAGAGGAGCAUACUCUGCUGUCAAUUUGGCCAUCGACCUGAAAGAGCAUAGGCAAGUGGCAUGCAAAAUUAUACAACAAAGAUCCCAGGCGGACAUCACAGACGUCCUUCGAGAGCCCAAUAUCAAUGCGGUGUAUGGAUUCAGUUCAAGCGAGGAAGCUCUGCAACCCGAGAAUAUCCUCCUUGCCACACCUGGAGCAUACCCUAGAAUCUUGAUAGCAGAUUUUGGUCUCGCUAAGGAGCGAGCCUUCGAGCUCACUGGUAAUGUCGCAGGCACGAUCUCAUAUCUCCCUCCAGAAGCAGUCACGGCAUUGGCAAGAAAGACCAAAUACAAUACCGAGAUGUCUGACUCUUGGGCCCUUGGGCUCAUCAUAUUUAUCAUGCUUCAGUCGGUACCUUGGCCUUUCUACCUGUUCUCCAGUUCUCAAGGCGUCUUGUUUAGGGGUUAUCAUCCAUUCGAUUCGCGAAGGAAGGCACAAAUUUCAUCAUAUCCAAUAAACAAUUGCGGAGAACCUGACACGCCACAUCAAAGUGAAGAGAUUGUUCGCAGGCGCAUCGUCCAGAAAGUAGGAAUUCUCCACUGGUCAGAUUGGCAGGGACUCUCUUUGGGAAAGGAUUUGGUCUCAAAACUUCUCGUCCGAGAUGCAAAACACCGUCAGACCGUUGGCGCCGCAAUGGAUCACGAUUGGAUCAGACAAGACCUACCAUCUCUCAUGAAGGCAUAUAACAAGCUAGUUGUAUCAGAG